AUGAUCCAGGUUGUUUGCAACCACCGUCUAGAGAAGAAGGUGCGCGUUAAGUGCAACACUGAUGACACAAUCGGGGACCUUAAGAAGCUGAUUGCAGCCCAGACUGGCACCUGUUGGAACAAGACCAUCCUGAAGAAGUGCUACAUGAUUUCCAAGGACCACGUGUCUCUGGGGGACUAUGAAAUCCGCAAUGGGAUGAACCUGGAGCUUUAUUACCAAUAA